UUGGAGACUUAAAAGCUGACAAUACAUUCAAAGACACAUUCAAGAAGUGCUUAUAUCGUUGUUACAAUGAAGAAGAAUUUGAAACCACUUGGUUUGACAUGAUUACUAAGUAUAACCUUCAAGAUCAUGAUUGGUUUACAAAUCUCUAUACAAUAAAAGAAAAAUGGUGUACAGCUUUGAACAAAGAUUUUUUCUCAGCUGGAAUAUUGUCUUCACAAAGGAGUGAGAGCACUAACAAUGCUAUUGGAUUUAAAGGGAACAAAUCAACUUCACUAACAGAAUUCUUUCACAUUUUUGGAGCAACAGUGGAUCGUUGGAGAUAUCAAGAAGAUCAAAAUGAAUAUGAUUGUGGAAAUGCUUUGCCUAAAUCUGAUUUUCCAAUGGUCGGAAUGAUAAAACAUGCGGCAAAUGUUUACACACUUACAUUGUUUAGAGAUUUUGAAAAAGAAUUCAAGUAUGCAAUGGGUUGCAUCUCAAAUGUCAACUACAUCAAUGGAAAUUUCUUUGGUUACAAAGUGCAACAUGAAUCUUGGCCUGAACAUACUGCCCAUUAUGUAGCAUUUGAUCCAACAACAAAUUCCAUUAAAUGCACUUGUAGGAACUUCGAAGAAUCAGGAUGGCUAUGUUUCCAUGCAAUACGAGUUCUACAUAUACAUUCUAUUGUCAACAUUCCAGAGCAAUACAUUUCAAAAAGGUGGACAAAGUUUGCAAAAAGUGAAGUAUGGAAGAGAAUGGAACAUAGAGAAGAUAAUGGAACAGAAAAGAGAAAAAUUACUCCAUGGCGUUAUGAGAUGGCAAGAAAUUUGUACAACUUGGUUAUUAAAUGUCAAGGGAGUGAUGCAGCUAAAAAGGUGCUUAAAGAGGCUUAUGCUCAUGCUAACGAAAGCAUAAAUAAGGUUCUAGAAAAAGAAAAAGCAACAGAAAAGGAGGCAGCACAAAAGGCACAAGACGAUGCUGAAGCACAACAAACCACAAUCAACAUAGCACCGUCUACAUCAUCAUCAUCAAAUGCACCACAAAUAAUAGUUGAAAAUCCACCACUAGUGAAUACAAAAGGAAGAAGUAAAAGAAAAAAAAGAUUCUUUGAGAUAAGGACAUCGUCAACAGCACCUACAGAAUUUGGAACUUUUACACCAAAAGAACAACUUUUUUAG